GGGUCAUGAUUGAUCCAGAAACAUUAACAAGCUGUGCAUAUGCAAAGGAAAGCCACAAGUUAAAGGAGUAGUCGGUGAAAUGAAAACCGUGUUGUGCUAGCAGCUGCAAAGUACGUACAGACGGGUCAAAAGCAAAUUGGAAAAGAGAGUAAGAUAGAGUUGGGAUACAUCAAAUAUGUAUAUAUGGCACCAAUCCAUUUCAUAGUUUUAUGGCUCUGAUUGAGUUUCCAUAUAAAAACAACCUCAGCAGUCAAGCUCUCUUAGCCUCUUUAUAUCAGGAAGGUGAUGAAGAUUGAAGGGAGCUGAUAUAAUGGAUGAGUUAAUAAUAAAAAGCUGGAGCUAUAUUUUUGUUUGGAGGGAUUUUGCAGUGUCAUCACCUCUAAAACAGCCUCCUACUGGUCCACGUGGCGUCCAUAUAUUGAACUUCACCAAGAUCAUCCUCAGGUCCGUGUCUCACAUUUUGAAAUGAAAUGAAAUGAAAAUACACAACCAAAACCGAUGUUUUGCUUAAACCCAAAUGAAGUCUUAUGUCUCCCUUGCUCAUGAGUCUGCUGUAGUUUUGGCCAUACCUGUUGCACAACUACUACUCCACAUGGAUUUCAAUAAUGGAUCUCCCACCACCCCAACUUUACUGAACCAGAAAUGUGCCAUUACCAUCUUCAGUUUAUUGCUCUCUUCCAGUACUGAAGAACUUGUCUGCAGCUGCAUUACAGAAAUUAAGCUGCGCAUGUCUGCCACUCUUUGUGCUCGCGCAACUUGUUCUUCCCGUGUCCAUUCCCCCCUUCUUUCUUACCUUUCUUGCUUAAACAAGAUAGAAAGUCUCCUUUCUACUUUUUUACUACUUCUUUCCCAUCCGUAACCACCCACUAUAGUCCUGCAUAGUUAAGCUUCCAGCAUAUUCUUUUCGAAGUCACAAGCGUGAUACGAAAAAGGUACAGAAGAUUAAGGACUCCUAAACCGUGUGCUCACCGAAGCCAGUUGGCAUUCUAUUAAUACCCCCUUCUUAGUACACUAAACCAACCAAGAAAAAAUCUUACAUCCCUUUACUGUAGUUCUUCUGAAGAUCAAUUCAGAAACUCAAAGAUGUCAGUUUCCGGCACAAAGAAUUUCUUCAGGAGGUUUUGUAUUGAUGAAUACCAAAUAGAUAGUGUUGCUCAGAGCAGCUUCUUCUCUAGUGAUCUAUUGCCAUCUCUUGGAGCCAGAAUCAACCAAUCAACCAAGCUCCGAAAAUACAUUAUAUCGCCUUACAAUCCUCGUUAUAGGGCUUGGGAGAUGUUACUCAUUGUUCUCGUCAUUUACUCCGCCUGGAUUUGCCCAUUCGAGUUUGCAUUCUUGACAUACAAGCAAGAUGCUCUUUUUGUCAUCGACAACAUUGUCAACGGUUUCUUUGCCAUUGACAUCUUCCUCACUUUCUUUGUUGCAUAUCUCGACAGCCAGUCUUAUCUUCUUGUUGACAAUCCCAAGCAAAUUGCAACGAGGUACAUAUCAACCUGGUUUAUUUUCGAUGUGUGUUCCACUGCCCCAUUCCAGCCUAUUAUUAGCCUCUUGUUUACAAAUCAUGGCAGCAAACUUGGCUUUAAAGUACUGAACAUGCUCCGGCUCUGGCGCCUCAGACGAGUGAGCUCCCUGUUUGCAAGACUUGAGAAGGACAUUCGAUUCAAUUACUUCUGGACUCGGUGCACAAAGCUCAUUUCUGUGACCCUUUUCGCAGUACAUUGUGCUGGUUGCUUUUACUAUCUGAUAGCAGACAGAUACCCCGAUUCAAAACAAACAUGGAUCGGUGCAGUGUACCCAAAUUUCAAAGAGGAUAGUCUUUGGAACAGAUAUGUCACUGCAAUGUACUGGUCUAUCACAACACUCACAACCACUGGCUAUGGAGACUUGCAUGCUGAGAACCCAAGGGAGAUGCUGUUCGAUAUUUUCUACAUGCUGUUCAAUUUGGGAUUGACAGCUUACCUCAUCGGAAACAUGACAAACCUUGUGGUUCAUUCGACCAGCAGAACCAGAAACUUUAGGGACACGGUGCGAGCUGCUUCAGAAUUUGCAGCAAGAAAUGACUUGCCGCCAAGAAUACAGGACCAAAUGUUGUCACACAUAUGCCUCAAGUUCAGGACAGAAGGGUUGAAGCAGCAAGAGACCUUGAAUGAUCUCCCCAAAGCGCUUCGUUCAAGCAUUGCUCACCGUCUCUUCUUCCCCAUUAUUCAAAAAGUCGAUAUCUUCCAAGGAGUUUCAUAUGACUUCCUUUUCCAAUUGGUAUCAGAAAUAGAUGCCGAGUACUUUCCACCCAAAGAAGAAGUCAUUCUGCAAAAUGAGGCCCCAACGGAUCUUUACAUACUGGUCUCAGGUGGAGUAGUUUUAAUAUCCAAUAUUGAUGGGCAAGAGCAAGUUGUAGGAAAGGCAAAUUCUGGGGAUACUUUGGGUGAAAUUGGAGUAUUAUGUCAGAGGCCACAGCCUUACACAGUUCGGACAACUGAACUUUCCCAAAUAUUACGACUCCGCAGAAAUUCACUGAUGACCACUAUACAAACAAAUAAGGAAGACGAGCAGAUUAUCAUGAACAACAUUUUUAUGAAACUGAAAGGGGAAGAUGGCUCAGGCUUUGAAUAUCCACAUACAAAUCCAGGCUUAAUGCUUGACAAUUGUCCUGGAGGAGGAUGCAAAGAUAGCUCACAUGAAGAUGCAGCAAUGCAGGAAGCAAGGAACAAUUGCUUUACAGCUUCGCAGGCGAGGAAGAAGAGUGAAAUAGGCAAAGCUCAAAUGACAGGUGAGAAUGGCCAAACUGAAAUUCAAGCUGCUGUUUGCCAGGGCCAUCUGGAAAAGGUAAAAAUUGUGGUUGAAGGAGGAGCAGAUGUCAACAAACCGGAAGCUAAAGGAUGGAUGCCAAAGGGUCUAGCACAACAGCAAGGAGACAAGGACAUACAUGACCUCUUAUUAAGUUAUGAAAAUAGAAGAGAAAUGGAUGAACAUAGAAUAGAGUUCAUUGAGCCAGAAGCAUCUGGAAGCACCAGCAAUUGUGAAGGAAUUUGUAAAACACAGGAAGACCACCAACAUAUUCUUUCUCACUUGAGAAAGGUAGCCAUGAAGUCAUAUCAGUGCCCGUCUAGCCCUGCAAGUGACAGAGAACAAAGGAUCAGAUCAUACAGCAAGAGAGUAACUAUCCACAUGCAUUCUAAAAGUGAAAGUGUGUCGGAAAGGCAGCUUGCGAAAUUAAUAAUUCUACCUGAUUCCAUAGACGAGCUGCUCAGAGUUGCUAGUGAGAAGUUUGGAGGCUACAGACCUAUAAAAGUCGUGAAUGCAGAGAAUGCAGAAAUAGAAGACAUGAGUGUCGUUAGAGAUGGUGAUCAUCUGUUUCUUCUUCAUAAUGAUUGUCAAAAUUUGUACUCUGAUGUGACCUAAUGUUGUUCAAAGAUGUGUAAGGUAACUUGUAACUCUUAGGCAACAUUUAAUAAGAAUUAACAUAAGUUUUGAUGCGACCAACCAA